UCCUCAGCUGAGUCAGUCGGACUCUAAUCGCCAUGGAGAGUGGAAGCGACUGCCGGCUCUCGCGUUCGCCAGGUCGGACCACCGGGCCGGCUCUCUGAUUCCGUCGAGUACUCGGUACUUUGUCGACGUCGUCCUCGGCAGUGAGUGACCCGUCGUGCUGCGCCUCUGCCGCGCCCCCGCGGUCCUGGCAGCACUCGCACCCCGCGUCCAGCUCCCCGCCCGGGCGCCCCGGCGGCUCACCCUUACUGGAUACGUACCCGUUGUUGGCAGCAGCAACACCCAGCCACCGCCAUGUCCCCCACGUCGCAGCCGGGCGUCGAGCUGCACGCCCAGGACUCCCACAGCUACCAGCACACGUUGCGUGCACGGGAUGGACUGACGCCGCCUCCCGCCCCACCGCGUCAAGAUGGCCUCCAAAUCCAAGUCCGCGUCGGGCAGCGGUGGCGGACACCACCACCGUCACCACCACCAGAACCGGCACGGCCACCACGGCGAGGGGCACGGCAAUGCGGACAUCGCCAUCCCCAUGGCCGGCCUGGGGCCCGCGAGCGGCCUGGACGACGAGGAGCUCGUCGUGGACUCGGAGUGGGCCGACUUCGACCGCCUGCUCACCGAGUACCGGCUGCGCCGGCGCAUCAACACCGCCCCCUCGCCGCUCGUCUCGCGCCGCGACCUGCACGAGCUCAUCGGGGACUCGAGGGCGGGGCGGGGGAAGGUGUCCCAGGCCUUCUACCCCUGCCCGCCCCCCGCGCCGGGCACCGACCCCGACGACAUGGACUACGUACAGACCGCGAUGUAUGGCCGCUAUACGAAGGACCUCGGUGAAUACGCGAAAGAAGAAGCAAGAAAACUCGCUAUACUAGAAAAGAAACGCAGGAAAGAAGAUAGGUUACGGGAAAAGGAGUUCGACAAGUACAGCGGCAAGUACCGCGGCAAGUGCGCCACCAAGGUGCUCGCCGUGCUCGCCUUCUUAUGGAGGAACACAUUCGCGCGCCUCGGCGAGGACUGGGUGUUCCUCGCGCUCCUCGGGCUCAUAGUCGCCCUGCUCUCCUUCUUCAUGGACGGUGGCAUCGGCAUGUGCAACAGAGCGCGGAUAUGGCUGUACAGGGACAUCGCGACCCAGCACAUCGCCCUGCAGUACCUGGCCUGGGUGAGCCUGCCCACCUUCCUCAUCCUCUUCUCGGCCGGCUUCGUGCACAUCAUCGCGCCGCAGUCCAUAGGCUCUGGCAUCCCCGAAAUGAAGACCAUCUUGCGUGGCGUCGCGCUCAAAGAGUACCUGACAUUUCGCACGCUGGCGGCCAAGGUGGUGGGGCUGACGGCCACGCUGGGCAGCGGCAUGCCGUUGGGUAAAGAGGGUCCGUUGGUGCACAUCGCCAGCAUAGCGGCCACGCUGCUCUCCAAGCUCGUCACCUCCUUCCAGGGCAUCUACCAGAACGAGAGUAGGAACACCGAGAUGUUGGCAGCGGCGUGCGCCGUCGGGGUGGCGAGCUGUUUCGCUGCACCCAUCGGGGGCGUCUUGUUUAGCAUCGAGGUCACCACGGUGUACUUUGCGGUGCGAAACUAUUGGCGGGGCUUCUUUGCCGCUGUGUGCGGGGCAACCGCGUUCAGGUUGCUUGGAGUCUGGUUUAACAACGAAGUCACCGUGACGGCCAUGUUCUUGACGAGCUUUACCAUGGACUUCCCCUUCGACCCCCAGGAACUAAUUGUAUUCUCCUUGAUAGGGGUCAUGUGCGGCCUGGGCGGGGCGGGUUACGUGUGGGUGCACCGCCAGUACGUCACCUUCAUGAGGCGCAACAGGAGGAUGAACGCCUUCCUGCAGAAAAACCGCUUCCUGUACCCGGGGCUGGUGGCGCUCCUCGUGGCCUCCGUCACCUUCCCUAAGGGCCUGGGCCAGUUCAUGGCGGCAGACAUCAACACGCACGACCAGGUGGCGGGCCUCUUCAGCAACUUCACGUGGACCAAGAACGACCUGACCGUGGAGGAGAACGCCGUGCUGCGACACUGGAAAACCGACACCACGGGGGUGUUUUGGAGCCUGGCUGGCUUCACCAUCUUCACGUUUCUCUUCUCCAUUAUCGCCUCCACCAUCCCGGUGCCGUCGGGGAGCUUCAUCCCCGUUUUCAAGAUAGGUGCCGCCCUGGGCCGCACCGUGGGCGAGCUGAUGCACCUGUGGUUCCCCGCCGGCGUGCGCUACGGCAGCGCGCAGGCCGCCAUCAUCCCUGGCGGCUACGCGACGGUGGGGGCGGCCGCCUUCUCCGGCGCCGUCACCCACACCAUUUCCGUGUCUGUCAUCGUGUUUGAAAUGACGGGCCAGAUCACCCAUAUCAUCCCCAUCAUGAUAGCUGUGCUGAUCGCCAACGCCAUCGCCGCGCUGCUCCAGCCCUCGUUGUACGACAGCAUCAUUUUAAUCAAGAAGCUGCCGUACCUCCCGGACCUGUUGCCGUCGAGCUCAGGCAUUUACAACGUGUACGUGGAAGACUUCAUGGUGCGUGAGGUCAAGUACAUCUGGAACGGCAUGCGAUACUGUGACCUUAAGGGCGUCCUGAAGGACAACAAGAACCUCAGGAGUUUCCCCCUCGUCGACAAGCCAGACUCCAUGAUCCUGCUGGGUUCCAUCCAGCGUCUGGAACUAAUCAAACUCAUCGACAAGCACAUCGGGCGCGAGCGGCGACUGCAGGUGGCCGCGCGCUGGCAACGGGAGGCGCAGGAGAGGGCCAUGGAGGAGGAGCGCAGGCGCAAAGAGGAGCAGCAGGCGCAGCAGCGGCAGCGGCGCCCUUCCCGCUUCGAGGUCAUCCCGGCCCCCGACAUCCUCAAGAUCAAGCAGCAGUCCAAUACCGACUUGCGCACCGCACACGAGUACUCCAACCACAAAGAACCGCAUUUUAACCCGGUGUUUGGAUCUCAGCCUAAAAAGUCCAUUCUGAAGAAAACAAACUCGUUUAACCUCAGUAGCUUCGGCCCUCUGAUGAACAGCCCAAACCUUACACCUUAUACAACCGUUACGGGAGCAGAGAGCCGGAUCCGUCUAGCUUUCGACGCCAUCUUCAGAAAGUCUACGACGCUGCAGGACGUGAACCCCGGUGACGCCAGCGUAAAUGCCAGCAACGGCACCAUCCCCGGAGCUGGUCCUGGCGACAUUCCUCUGUCGUCCACGCCGGCAAGCCCAAGCCCCUACAAGAAGGUCCAACUGCCGAAGGAGCGCGUCAUCGACAUGUCGCCUGAGGACCAAAAGAUGUGGGAGGAGGAGGAAAUGGAGGUCCCGGUGGCUCUGCGGACAGUGCAGAUCGACCCCGCGCCUUUUCAGCUCGUCGAACGAACGUCGCUACUUAAAGUACACUCCCUCUUCUCCAUGCUGGGCGUGAACCACGCCUACGUCACCGCCACCGGCCGCCUCAUCGGUGUGGUCGGCCUCAAGGAGCUCCGCAAAGCCAUCGAGGACACCAACGCAGGCAUGCUGCCGGCACAGCCCCCUGCAGGAGGAGGCUCUGGCGGCGAGGUCCACGAAGCGCUACUAAGUGAGAGCCAGCAGCAGCACCGGGGCAGUGACAGCGACGACCCCAACCACCUCACCCUCACCUCAAUGGACAGCGCACUCAGCUCCAACGCCAGUGAGCCUCCCAUCCCGCUGGAUCACCGGCGCUAAGAUGCUGUUGGCAGAGUGUUGCAUGAACAACAUGACUGGACCGAUGCGCCAUGUUCGGGUUACAACCAAAGUAUGAGCCAUUGUGGAGGUAAUCACAGUGCCAUUUAAACUCCUAUGACUGCUGUGGCAAUGAACUAAAACAAAUAAGGUAGCUCAUAUGUCUUAGUUCCGUUUGGGUGGUUUGUUGAUUUGUCAAGAUGUCAAUUUAGAAAAAAAGGGUGUUUUUUUUUUUUUGGGGGGGGGGGGGGGGGGGGAGACUGGACCAGAUUAUACCUUGGAAGUAUCAGUUUCUUUGCGGGCUAUAAAAAUGAAAUUGCAUAUAAUUGUAGCUGACUCCUUAAAAUAUGUCCAUGUCAAGUCUACAAUUUAACAGUGAAUUUCCAUAUGAAGUUACCUUUCUUAAAACAAUCCCAAGUGAAGUAGUUGAGAGAUGAGAGUUUUGAGUCCCUUUAUUACUAAUCUUAAAAGGGGUUUUGUUUCUGAGCAUAUGUGAUGUAUUAUAAUUAAGUAGUAUUUAUUGAGAUGUUUCUUUUUACAAUUAUAUGACUCAUGUCCUUGUUAUAAUGUUUGUAGAUCAAAUUCAGUUAGAGUAGUUCAUACCGCUUAUAUCAAGGUUUUUAUUAUUUUAUGUGUAGGGCAAUUUCUCACAAAUUAUCAUCUUACUUAAACAUUCAAAGCCAACACAAAGUCUUCUUUUACUUUUGCAGUCCUAGUCAUACAAGGUGUGAAUGCUAGUAUUAGUGAUUUCAACCAGAAUACUCUGGUAACAAACCGCUUAAAAAAAUUAUCAGUUGUGUCAAGACAUGCAAAAGGUUGCAUGAAUUGUAAUGGUUUUAUCAUUAGUUAAAUGAAUUUAAGACAAUUUGAAAUUAGUAAUAGAAAGGCUGUAUUAUUAUAUGAUGUGAUUUUAACAAGAGCUUCAUAAAACUUCAGUUAAAGUGUCUAUUUGUAAGCAAAGUGUUAUCUGUUAAGAUAAAAUCCUCCCUCAGUUCUAUACUCUGGACCACUGGAUUUCCCUAGAUCUGACAUUAGUCUCAAGCAAAUUGAGAGAGAAUCCUAGCAGACAAAGAAAAUUCAUAUGCACAAAAGAUAUAGAUAUUAUUUGUCUGUGUACGCUAAUGUUUGACUCAAAUCACUUUGUUUUAUCAAUGUGCCAACAAUUUUCCAAUUUUGUGUAUGAUCUUGGAGGAACGGUUGUCCAUGAAUUUUCUACUUGUGAUAUGUACAGAUUAAUAAAAUAAAAAUUACAGGGAACAUGAAA